AUGGAUACAUCAUGUCACGGUGCAUACUCCAGUGAUCAACAGAUGUUCCCAACUCUAUAUGAUUCGCAAACACCUUCAACUUCUUAUGGUCCAUCGAUUGCGGGGCCAAACUUUCCUCAAUCUCAUCAUCCGGGUGCUUAUUAUGCUUCACAGGUCCAUAAUUAUCAUCUACCUCCGGUUCCUGGUCUUCCAUAUCCAUCAACAUCAAUGCCAAAUAGUCCAAUGAGGAAAAAAUGUGAACAACCAUCAGCAUUAUAUCCUGAACGGAUGGUACCAGCAGCACCAGAUAACCGUAAGAUUGCCAAUACUCAGGCUUGGAUGAAUGAUCAUUGCUUUAUGAAUUAUGCUCAGCAACAUGAAUACAGAACUGGUUCUGCGCCUUCUUCGGUGAUGUCAAUGUCACGUAUGAGUCAUCUUAGCAGUGCAACAGAAGAUACCAGCAUGUUAAGUGUUAACACUCAAAUUACUGAACUCAGACAAUUAUCAGAUUUGAGAGCCCAGAUGCACACUUCAGCACCAUCGUCCUCAUCUUCCUGCAUUGAAAAUAUGGGUCCAGAUCAUGUGAAAUUUAUUGAGACUGUCAACAAAUAUAUCGAAAAAAUCACCGUUCAUGUAAAUCACGUCGAUAAGAAAGUAGCACAAGAAAUGGUUCGCGCAGUGUUUAUGAUGGCAACAAGAAAUGAUUUUGAGCGGGCAGAUGUAGAUAAAUUAGAGAAAAUGAUGAAAACUUUGAUACAGCGAUGGUUGCGGCAAAAUGAUACUGAAGACGAAAUUGUUGAAACUAUUUUACGGAUUAUGACUCGGUUCUCUGCUGACGGUAAAACAAAGCAAAUUAUGGCAAAGUGGAUGAUGUAUUAUGCAGAUGAACUACUGGAAACAUUUAUACGAUGGAUGGACCCAGCCCAAAAGUCUUGCAAAUAUGCAUUAAAUACUGUUCAUUCAUUAGUGGGAAUGGUAGAUCGGAACCGAUAUGGGAAGGAUACGAAAGAACAAAUUCUCGAUCGAACUACACGUGUAAUGAAAGAAAUGGAUGAGAAAGGAGAUCACUACUUCAUUAAUACUUAUAAAUCAAAACAAUAUGUUUUUGAUUUGGUUCGAAGAGUGUUUAAUGGUAGUGAUACAUGGAGGCAAUUAUUCGAAUCAAAAGGAGGUAUUCAACUUUUGCUUCGGAUGUUGAAAAAGGAAGUCAAUGAAUCAGUGGUGUAUAGGAUAGCUCGAGCGAUUUUUGCUAUGGUUUGCUCAACAGACCUUACUUAUGCAAAAAAAUUUGUGCAACUGGAUGGUGUCAAGACUGUCUCAUAUCUUUUGGCUAAUCCUAAUUGUUCUGAACGCGUUGCCCUGGAUGUUAUGUUGUGUUUACGAGUAGUCAGUGAUGUAGAAGGAGUAAGAAACGCUGACUUACGUGAGACGAUUAGUCGAGCGUUGAGUAUGAUGGGUAUUUUUCGUAAUAAUCCAUAUUUUUUACAUGUUGCAUUCGAUUUCUUGGGAAAUAUUUCCACAACGCGCAAUGGCAGCGCAAAUGCUAAUAAGGAUUUCAUAGCAGAUUGUGGCAUCAUCGAAGGUAUAAUUAAUUUACUUCAAACCUAUAAUAAAAGGCGCGAUGAAACAGUCGUCAAAAAUCUUAUUUCUUCAAUGCUAUGGUCAUUGCAUGUUUUCACGGGUGGUUGUUCUUCACCAGAACGUAAUAUCAGUGUUAGAAAACGACUGAUAUUAUUUGAUGGAGCUCCAAGUUUGUUACUGAAUGAACUUGCUCAUCCUGUAGAUCUCAGUUCACGUUUAUACGUCAUAAGUCUGUUUGCGCGGUUAGUUGAUGCUGAUCAAUUAAAUCACCCUCCCAUUUUGUUCGCCAUAAAUGUUGAUAAUAAUUCAAUGACAGAUGUUUUGUUUGAAAUUAUCACUACAACUGCAAAUUCGUUAUCGGUAUACUUUUUAAAUAUUAUUGAGUGCUGUAUUUUUGUUGAAGAGAAACGUACAAUAAAUAAGAGUAGUGAGAAAGGAAAUUCCCAGAAAAAAUCAAUUAUCCAAAAAGCAUAUGCCCUGCUAACCUCGCUUGCGAACUGCAAUACAAACUUUGGGAAUUCUAUUCGAUAUUUAUGUAGUUCUUAUCAAAUAUGGGAUUUGUUAUUGGCUUGCGAAGAUUCAGAUGUUGUCAAAAGUACCAUUGAUUUUCUUAUGUUUAUGAUCAAAGAUGAAGCCGUUCGUGAACAGCUCUCUAAAGAUUGCUCUCUUGUUGAAGCCAUCCGUAGUUUGACAAUUCAAAUGAAUGAUAAUGGUUCAGCAGCGCAAUUUUUACUAUUCCACUUGAUGGCAGAAUCCGAUACGAUGGUUUCUUUCACACCGAUGUUAUAA